CAGCUUCUUGGAUUAGAAAGAACACGUGGCUUGCUUGUUGACUGGUGAAUUCCCUUCUCUCUCUCUCUCUCUCUCUCUCUCUCUCUCUCUCGCUCUCUCGCUCUCUCGCUCUCUCUCGCUCUCUCGCUCUCUCGUUCGUUCGUUCGUUCGUUAGUUCUCUCUCGCUCUCUCGUCGGCGUUUCUUAUAGAAUACCUGAUAGGAGGAUCCAUCCCGAGAUGUAAGAAAAUGUGAAAUCUAUGGAAAUGUUUGUAAGGAGGAAAGAUCGGUGAUCGGAUAGAAAGACGAGAGAGGCCCUUAGAGGAAGCCUUAACGUUCAAGCCGAAGCACCUUCUACGGGCCCGAGACGAACACAUCGGUCCUCUUCCCCCACUUCCUCCCAUUCGUGCUCCGCCCUCGGUAGGAACGUCGUCCUCGUCUCGCAAAGCUCUUUACUUUACACUAUCGAGUCGUCUUCGUCUUCAUCUUUGUCGUCGACGGUGUCGUCGUCACGUCGAGAGUACUCGCGAUCUAUUAAGCAAAAUCUAGUAACAGAGAUCAACGCGGAAUCCUAUGCACGAUCGUGUGUACGGUGAAGUGUCAAAGGUUCUACGUCUGAUCUGUGUGAAGCACGAUCGUUCGACGAACGCGAGUCGAAAGGUCGAAGGGAAUGACUGUGGAUAAUAAAAGACGAACAUAGGCGAAAUGUGGUGAUGGCCGGAAGAUCUCGACGUCCGAGCUCAGAGCUCGGACCGGAUCUCUCAUCUACACAUUCGAAAAGACCCAAAUUAUCGGAUCUACCUCAAGAGGUUGCAUCUUACGUCACAGUCGAAGAGGAAGGUAACGUCGUGGAAAAGGAGUUAGAAAGUAGCGAAAGGAUAACAACGCUAAAGGACGUUGAAGAAGAAGCAUUAAAUCUCUCACAAGAGACAUUGAGUGCAACGGAAUCUCCAAUAAAUGAAGUAAACCCAGGACCAUCCUGGAGAGAUCACAAAAUUCUAAAGCCUGACGAAGAGCAUACCGAACAAGGAACGUCCCUUGACAUGAAAACCACUGAAUUGGAUUCUGCGGUAGAUGUACAAACAUCCUUAACGGGGGAACAUGCGUCAUACGAGGAAUUAUCUUAUAUUGGUAACGGUGCCUAUGGUACUGUUUACAAAGCUAAAGAUUUAACCAGCGGUCAAGUAGUCGCGCUUAAAAAAGUUAGAGUACCAUUGACGGAAGAUGGACUACCCACGAGUACAUUAAGAGAAAUAGCAACUUUAAAACAGCUUGAAAGAUUCGAACAUCCACAUAUUGUUAGAUUAUUAGACGUUUGUCAAGGCAAUUAUCAUCAAUUGCCUUCCAGCGACGAAAGAUCUGACAGAUCAAAUCAAGGAUUAACUCUUUGGUUAGUCUUCGAACAUGUGGAACAAGAUUUGGCAUCUUAUUUGUCGUCAUGUCCAGAGAUAGGCAUAUCGUCCCACAUUGUAAAGCAAAUGUCCAAGGAGAUCCUCCGGGGCGUUGAAUUUUUACAUAGUCACAGGAUUAUACACAGAGACUUGAAACCACAGAAUCUAUUAGUCACGCGAGAAGGAACGAUAAAAAUUGCAGAUUUUGGCUUAGCCAGAACAUAUGACUUUGAAAUGAGAUUGACCUCUGUGGUUGUAACCCAAUGGUAUCGAGCGCCAGAAGUUUUAUUAGGUUGCUCGUAUGCAACGCCCGUAGAUACGUGGUCAGUUGGUUGUAUAUUAGCCGAGCUUAGUAGCUUGAAACCAUUAUUUCCAGGUACCAGCGAAGGAGACCAAUUGGAUAGGAUUUUUCGAAUUAUUGGUACUCCAUCAGAAGUAGAGUGGCCAAAAAACGUAUCGCUUAGUUGGAAUGCAUUUCCUAAUAGACAACCAAAGCCUUUAAGUGAUGUAAUACCUAAUCUCAAUGAUGACGGAUUGAACCUUAUACAAUCUUUAUUAAAGUUUGACCCUCGUGUUCGUUUAACUGCUACUCAGGCUUUAGAGCACAAAUACUUCAAUGAAAAUGAUUCAUGUUUAGACUGAUAGAAUUAUUUUUAGGGAGCGUAAUUUAUCCAAUAAUAUUCAAAAUUAUACAUACAUAUAGAAAAUUUUGGAUAUUAUAAUUAACAUUUUUUAGGUUGUAACAAUAUCAUUUUCAACAAUAUCAUAUUAUAUAAGAUGUUUAAGUAAUUGUACAAGAUAUACCCAAGACUUGAUCUUAGUUAUUAUAUAUUAUUUCAAUCUAUCUUUUAUAUACCAAUUUAGGUAUAUAAUAGUAAUAACGUAUAGUAUUUAAAAAGGUAUUUUAUAAUAACUCGUAAUUAAUGUUUAAGAAUCACGAUAUUUUCUAAAAACACAAAGACAUAUUACUUCUGUAUUUUCUACGAAGUGACAAAUUUUCCUAAACUUCUACUGCGCGUAAAUUAAUUAGUUAUGAGUUAAUAGUAUUUGGCUUCGUUUAAUUAUAUACUUAAAUACACACACACACACACACACACACAUAAAUAUAUAUUAUAAUAGGAUAAUUUUUAUAAGACUGGGGCCGUUUGACCUAUUAGAAUCAUUGAAAGAUUUAGGAUCUUUCAUAGGAAACCAGAAAAGACACUGCCAUAUCUUGUAAUAUAAAUAAGUAGCUAGAUAUAUUAAUACUAAGAUUGUAUUUUAUGUAAGAUAUCGGCCAUCAACGUAUAAAUAUCAGCGAUAUAUAUUUAUAUGUAUAUGUAUUAUGUACACCUAAGAUAAUAAGAUACUGUAAUGUGUUAUUACAAAAGUUAAAAAGACUGUAUAAUAGAAUAAAAUCAUUUUAUAGUUUUGUAAA